AUGCUUAAAUUCUUUUGUCUCUUUAUUGAUUUUACAAAUUUUCGAAAGGUACUGUACACAUUGUCAAAACUCUCCAAGACAGAACUUGCUCAAAAGACAGCCAGAGGGUUUUCUCCUCCAGAUACUAGGCCUUUGACUACUGAGCAUGAUUACUACAACACAUUGGAGGAUCUGGCCACCGAGUUUCCACCAUUCGUAGAAACCAAAGAAUCCAGUGAUGACGAGGACAUCUAUGGUAACCUUAAGGAUAUGGCUUUUGAGAAUGACUUGGAUGAUAACCAGGAAUUAUAUGAUGUUGUGUACGAAGAGGAAGAUGAUGAAAUCUAUGAACACUUAUGUACACGUCAACAAAGGUUCUCCACAACAGGGAUGCCUCCACCCAUUACAAAAAGGGACCACUGUGUCAAGGAGUUGGUGGAUACUGAAAAGAAUUACGUUGAAGCCCUACAGAUGAUGAUCAAUCAUUUCAGUAAACCUUUACGAAAUGUCCUGACUACUCAAGAGAGGGAAAUAAUAUUUGCACACAUAGAACCUUUAUAUGAGGUUCAUCGUGAGUUCCAUUCUGAGUUACUGAAAGCCUGUUCCACUGGAGUUCCUCGGAUCAGUGAAGUGUUUAUCAAGUACAAAUCCAAACUGCUUAUUUAUGGAGACUUCUGCUCCAAUUUACCUCAGGCUCAAGAGCUCAUAGAUGAAGCAUGUAAACGAAGUGACCACGUACGAAAUUCCAUAGAAGAAUGUCAAACAAAAGCUAAUGAUGGAAAAUUUCGUCUCAGAGAUCUUCUCUCUGUACCAAUGCAGCGUGUUCUCAAAUACCAUCUUUUACUUAAGGAAUUAAUCAAACAGACAGAGAAAACUGAUGAGGACCGGAAAAAUUUAGAAGUAGCCCUUGAAGCUAUGCAGGACUUAUCACUCUAUGUGAAUGAAGUGAAGAGAGAUAAUGAAGCUGUUGAACUCAUUGAAGAAAUCCAAAACAGUAUUGUUGACUUACAGAUGCCUCAGAAUACCUCCUUAAAGGAUUAUGGCCGACUACAGAAAGAUGGAGACUUGAAGGUCCGUUGCCAUUCUGACACUAGGGUACGCCCAAGGUACAUUUUUCUGUUUGACAAAGUGAUGCUUAUGUGCAAAUCACGGGGAGAGACAUACAGUUACAAGGAGGCUAUAGCUCUGGCUGAGUAUAGAAUUGAUGAGCAAGUGCCCAGCCGAGACCAACAGAGGAAGCCAGACAAGUGGAAUUAUUCUUUCACAAUGGUACAAAAGAAUCAAAUGUUAGCCUAUACGUUUUUUGCCAAGACUGAAGAAAUGCGCAGAAAAUGGAUAGAAGCAAUUGUAUUGUCUCUAGGUAAUGUUCAGCCUGCAGGAGGUUCCAGUUAUUUGAUGUACACAUUUAAUAAGCCAAAAGAAUGUGAUGUCUGUGGUAAACUGCUGAGAGGUGUGUUUUUCCAAGGUUAUCAAUGUCAAGAAACAAAGAAGGCAGUUCACAAAGAAUGCAUAGGCAAAGAAAGAAAUGUUCCUCCAAUACCUCCCAGAAUUGUGGAAUAUGCACUCCGUAAGGUCCGUUCUUCAGAAGAUUACAGAGGAAUCCCACCACCACCAAAUGAUCGGAUACCCUUAAAAUUUGAAAGUGAUCAAGUCAUUGAAUUGUUACAGAAAUCAGAUGAUUGGUGUAGGGGCCGGUUACAUGGUGAUGAAGGAUGGUUUCCUACGCGCUUAGUUCGAGAAAUUCCAACUCAAGAUCAUCUUCGGAAGAGUUCAUAUACAGAGAAUAGACUGAAUGGUCAUCAUCCUACUACUACUACUACUACUACCCUUACUAAUACGACAGAGCAUGGCAAUGACCCACCUGCGCAUGUGUCCUCCUCUAUUUUAGCUAAAUAUCCCUGGUAUGUAGGACCAAUGGAGAGAGAUACAGCAACCAGAAAAUUAGAAGGAAUGGCAAGUGGAACCUAUCUCAUCCGAGAAAGCAAAAACCCUACCCGGGCAGGAGAGUUGUCACUUAGUAUAUGUUUUGAUAGUACUGUGAGGCAUAUAAAAGUCAACAAAAUGGAGGGAGAUUUUUACCUGGCUGACAUUAAAUUCUUUCAUUCACUUCCUGAACUUGUUGAAUGGUAUCAAGAAAAUUCGUUGGUUCACAGUUUUCCUGAGUUAAAGACUCAAUUGAAAUAUCCUUUCAAAGAAAGUAUGCCUGGCUUUUUCUCUAUGAAUCCAACCAAUGUGGUAAGUUAUGCUGUAGCAAUUUAUGACUAUUCUGCAACAGCCACCAACCAGCUGUCUUUGCGUGUUGGUGAACGAGUAGCCAUUUUGAGCAAAGCAGGUGGGGAUAAAGGAUGGUGGAAAGGAAAAAUUGUACAAUAUGGAAAGAUUGGCUAUUUUCCUCUGACAUAUGUGCGUGAAGAAGAUGACUAA